AUGGUGGACGAGGACGAGAAUGAUGACAAUGAGGUAGUCGGUGACUGUGCUCCGUGUGCUGAGAGGAGUUCUAGCAGUGGUGUACUUGUUUCUGUAAAGUAUCUUCUUCACAGUUCUACGAAUCCGCCUCGUGCUCACCGUUUCGUUCGUGCUAUGAUUAUUGGGUACGGAUGUGUCGGCGUCAAGAGCCUUUUACGGAUGCUUGAAAUGGAUACACGCUGCUAUUCUUUCGAACAAGUUCGUAACGCCGCUGUAGGAUUCGUUAAGGCGGAUGUGCUUGGUGAGUUAUCGAACGUGUUAAAGGAUACUGAAGCAGAACGAGUGAUCGUAGACAUGAUUGGGCAAUGUCAAGAACAUUUGAACGAGGAUGGAUUAUGGCGACAGUUCCGGAAUAUUUUCCCCAGACAUCAUUCCAGUGCGCAAAGAUUUAAGAGGAAUGGAGUGGUGGUUGACCGACAUUUACGCAAGUUCUUAGAAAAGGCUGCCGAUCUCUUUCCAAGUGAUUUUUUUGGUACAAAGAAUAAACGUCAACUAUUGGACGCACUCUGUAGUGCACUGGAGUUGAAAGAUAGGAAUGAAAUGAAUAUGUUAUCUGCUUGUCUUGAUGGUCAUAUUGAGAUCAUGGGGUUCAAACCCCUUGGUGGUAGGGUUGGAAGACUUUACUUUGCCAAAGCUGACAUCAGUAAUUGCUACGCAAGUGUUGAUAGAGGAAUACUAAGGAAAGCUUUGCAAAUGGUGAUAGGAGAUCGAAUGAUGUACGUUGUUUAUGGAUACGGGAAAAUUUCAAAAAUGGCCAACGUUCGUGUUCAUCGAGCUGGUCCGACAUAUGAUAUUGCUGUGAAGUCUAUGUUAAAGGCAAUGAAACAAAAGAAGCUCAAGGACGUGACGGCAAUUCCUGUUCGAACAGAAGUAUGUGAGAAAACUUUCAGUUGA